AAGACUCCCGAAACGGAAGCGGCGCGGCAGGUGCAGUCAGGGUUGGCCUCUGAACAAUCUUCGUUCUGGAGGUAAAGUCCGUUCUGCGUUCGCGGACGUCUCGGGGUGAUUGUGUCACGCGGGGCCGCAGGGCAAUGGGGCGCGCCUGCCUUGAGGCGCGGCGUGGGGCGGGGAAAGCCCGCGAAGCCUCUGCGAGCCCCGCCCCCCCCCCCCCCCCCCCGGGAGACCACCGACACCGGGAGCAUCCCGUGCCCCGCGGCCGCAGAGGGAACCGGAUCCGGAUCCGGGGGCGCGGGGUCGCCGUCCUCCGGCCUUCGGGCCUUGACCGCCCCUUGCCCCAUCCUCUCUCUCGUUAGUAAACGCUGCUUUAGCGCCUCUCGUUGCUAAGCCCCGGCGAUACAGAGAGAGGCCAAAGACACGCCCUUGCCCUCGAGGAGUUUGCAAUCUAAAGGAACAAAUUCGGGAUUCUCCCGGCUGUUGGAAGCUAACUGGCCCUGCAUUCUCUUGACUUUAUCUAUCUCCAAGAGGGGAAUACAGAAGAAGAAAUGGCUCCUGUGUUCCUGACAACCAGAUCCCAGGAAUCAGUUACAUUCAAGGAUGUGGCUGUGAACUUCACCCAGGAAGAGUGGGGGCAACUGAACCCUGCACAAAGGGAAUUGUACAGAGAAGUGAUGUUGGAGAACUAUAGAAACCUUAUGUCAUUGGGACUCCCUAUUUCCAAACCUGAUGUGAUCUUUCAAUUGGAGCAAGGACAAGAACCUUGGAUGCUUGAUGUGCAAGGAACUGAAGGGAGAGAAGUCCCAAGAAAUACCUCUUUGGUUUCAGGCUGGGAGAAAAAGCCUAAGACCUAUAAGUCAGUUCCAAAGCAGAACAUUUCAAAAGAAAUGAAAUCAACAGAGAUAUUAACAGAAAAAUCCACAAGAGAAAUUACAGUACCUGAGGUUAGAUUGGAAAACUCAGAAGAGAAGAUGUUGGAAAAUUCUCUUUCCCAAGAGAAAAAUUUCAAGAAAUUUUCAGUAAAUGCCUCCAAAAAUUCCAAUAAGGACAGAGGCUCUGAAUGUAAUAUAUGUGGGAAAACCUUCAGACAUAUAAGUAGCCUUCGGAGACAUCAAAUUACACACACAGGAGAAAGACCCUAUGAAUGUAAUGAAUGUGGGAAAGCUUUCUUUGACUGUUCAUCCCUUACUAUACAUGAAAGAAUUCAUACUGGAGAAAAACCUUAUGAAUGUGAUGAAUGUGGGAAAGCCUUCUUUGACCGUUCACAUCUUAAUCGACAUCAGAGAAUUCAUACUGGGGAAAAGCCCUAUGAAUGUGAUCAAUGCAGGAAAGCCUUCUUUGACCGUUCAUCUCUUACUCAACAUCAAAAAAUUCAUAGUAAAGAGAAGCCAUAUGAAUGCAGUCAAUGUGGAAAAACCUUCAUCCAAAAAAGGAACCUUAAACGACAUCAGAUAACUCAUACAGGAGAGAAACCCUAUGAAUGUGGUGUAUGUGGGAAAAUUUUCAGUCACAAAUCAUCUGUAAUCCAGCAUCAGCGACGUUAUGCCAAAGAAUAACCCUGGGAAUUUUAGAAAU